AUGGCGUGGCGCUGCUCGUCCACGACGAAUGCGGGAAUGGUGAGUGCACUGCAGCGCGAGGGCCUCCUCAAGACCCCCGAAGUGAUCGAAGUGAUGCGCCGCGUGGACCGUGGCUGGUUUGUGCACAACUGUAAGGAGGCGUACAGCGACCAGCCUCUGCCCAUCGGCUUCGGUGUCACUAUCAGUGCUCCACACAUGCAUGCUAUGAUGUUGGAGCUUGUGAACUCGUCUGUGCUAUGCCGCCGGAACCCGAACCAAGACUAUCGCCAGCCGCUGCGGCUGCUGGACAUCGGUAGUGGUAGCGGCUACAUCACGGCAGCCUUUGCGGCGUUGUGUGAGACGACUCGGCGAGACGGUGUGCCGCUGUUGUUUGAGGUGAUUGGUGUCGAGCACGUGCAGGAGCUCCAGGAGCAAUCCAAGCGUGUCAUCGAGUCGCACUUUCCCGAAUGGAUCCGCGAGCAUCGCGUCAAGGUUCUACACGGUGACGGGCGAAGGCCUCGGUCCAUUGCGGGCGUCUGUGCGGAUAAAGACGCCGACUUCGACGUCAUUCACGUCGGGGCUUCCGCGCCGAAGGCUCUUGUUCCCGAGUACUUGCACCUUCUCCGGUGCGGCGGCACCCUUGUGAUUCCCGUUGGUGGCCCGACGGAGGUGCAGGAGUUACAGGUGUUCACAAAGGACGCUGAAGGCGGUGUCAAGAUGCAGCACGCGUGCCACGUGCGGUUUGUGCCACUGACAUCGAUACAUGCCCAGCUGGAUGGCGAUGUGGAGAUGCACACGUAA